UUUUUGGUUCGUUGGCUUCAUCGUCUAAUUGUCUUGAUCUGUCUCCUUCGGGAAUCACUAAGAAUUAGGUUUUUCUAGAUUCAUGUGAAUGGAUCUUUGUUUGACGGGAAACAACAUGCUCGAAUUAAUCUGGAUAGGUUUCUGGUUUAGCUACUGCUUCGUGUAUGAUGAAAAUAAAUGUUUUUUUUUCCUUAAGUCGAUGAAUUAUGCUCAAAAGGCAUUAAAGUUCCUUUUUUUUAAAAUAAUAAUAAUAAUAAUAAUAAUAAUCUCGCAUUCCUCUAGCCCUUUUGCUUUUAAUAUGCUCUCUGUGGCAGUUAUUAUGAUCUGCAUAAAUUAAACUGUUAUCCAGGAUUGUUUUUUCUACGCAUCAUGUUGAAUGAAAAGUAUAUUUUCUUUCAUCCAUGGAUAAUUUUAAAAAAGGCUUGAACUGUUGUUGUUGAAUUCGGGACAAUUAGUCUUGUAUUCCUUCAAUUGGACAGUCUUUCAUCCAUGGUGUCUUUUUUUAUCACUUACAAGAAUAAAACUGUUGAAUACUUUCUUUUAUACAUCGUCACAUCUUCCUUUUCUAAUCUAAUUGUUUUUAUUUUAUUAGUACCUUCCUGGAAAUGUGUUACAGAAGCACUGAUAAGUAAUUAAUUCUCUCAGAGAUGCGGGUUUCUUGCUUGUAAUGUGUUUUAUUUGUUUGCCUGUGUAUUCAAUCUAGUUAUAGAAUGUUUGUAAUGAAGAGUAAUAAAACCUGUUUCAAUCCAUCUUCUAUUAAGUUUUUCUUGAAGGAACUCGUGUACAAGUAUGCUUUAUUAGAGGUAUGGUAAACCUGGAGGAGUAUUUUUGUUACUCAGCUAUGUGAUGACGGACCUAUUUUACACGAGAAAUCAUAGAGCAAUCAGGAAUUUCACUGAUAGCUAAGGAGAUAUAUUAUUUUGAACAAUGAGAUGCAUGAAUUUCUCCAUCUAGGAUAAUAUGAAGCUUAAGAGUUGCACAUUUUAUGCAUCUUUCAGUGGGCCUAGAGUGACAUGGAAUGAGGACAACUUGCAUGAAAUUGAAACCAACAAACCAGUGAGGCAGAAAAUAACUGAACCUAAAACGCCCUAUCAUCCUAUGGUGGAUGAUGAUGGUUCUUCAUCACCAAGAAGAGCUUUUGAUGAAUGCUUGGAUGACCAAGAAGCAAUGGGAACUAUUUCAGAUGAUUUGUCUUCUCCAAGCAAACAAUUUUCAGAGAAUGGUGGUCAACCAUCUAUGGGAGCUGAAGCUGGUGCCAUGAAGCAAGAUGAAGAUUCUGGUAUAAACAAAUCAAGGCUAAGUUUCAAGGAGCACCGCAAGGCUCACUACGAUGAAUUUCUAAAGGUGAGGGAGCUCAUGCGGUUAGGAUCCCUCUCAGAUAUUGUGCUAACUCAAGAUGACACUGGAAAAGAAAACACGAAGGCAAGUGCCUGCUCACCUUCAGCAAUGGGUUGACUGGAAAACAACAUUCCUCAAUAUCAACGACUGUUUGAUGGCAUGGCACGCCCGGGUGAGUAUUGUUUCUCAGACAACGUGGUAAACUUUACAUUGUGUUGUUCAAAAGUUUGAGCUGGUGUUUCUCUUUGAAAAUGAUACUAUCUAUUAAACAUAUGAGAAGAUUUAUUAGUGUGUUCA